AUGUCCCUUGAUAUCGAGUGGUCAAAGCUUGACCAAGAACUUGCUGUACACGUGCAACAGUUUCUGAAUCGACACUUUAAGAGCAUUGCCAAGCCAACAUUUAUUGGAGACAUUGAAGUUACAGCCUUCGAAUGGGGAACAGAAGCACCACAAAUCGAGAUCACCAACAUUACCGAUCCCUUUCCUGAAUUCUACGAGCCUGAGAACGACGAUUCUGAUGCCAUCGAUGACGAUGGGGUAUCGAGUAGUGUACCACCUUCCAGUCCACCGGCACCACCGUCAGUGCUCAUGUCGCCGUCAAGUGAGCUCUAUGGCAGGAAUUUUCAUCCGGCAAGGUUAUCACUCAACAAUCCUCUUUCACAACAACAACGCUUCAACCUAAUACACUCGUUCCAUCGUUCACCCUUCGUUGCACCACAACAUCCAUUUCACGCAAGUCAUUAUUCGCCACCACAACAUCUUCCUUAUUUCUCAUCACCAACCACGCCCACACAUGAACCACCGCAUACAUUUAGUACAACAACAACAACCACGAAUACAGAUGAAACUGCACCCAAUAGUACAGCCCAUCAUAUCCAAGAUUGGAUCGACGAUGAUGAACAACCACCUCUUCCUCCACCAUCAGUGAACAGCAAUAGCCAAUCAAAACCAACGGCACGCUUACAUCAGGAUCCUACCGAGAUGGAUUUCCAAGCAUCCAUGCUGAUUUCUUACAAGGGCGAUAUGAGCAUGACUUUAUUGACUGAACUACGCAUGAAUUAUCCAAGCAUGAUGUUCAUCAGCCUCCCAAUACAACUACGUGUGAAAAGUGUCGAGUUUGAAGCUACAGCAGUCGUCGCAUACAUCAAAAGCAUGAAUCGUGUUUGUGUAUCAAUGUUGGAACCCGAGUUAUCAGACGUUCAUCCUAGUAGCGGUCGUGAUGUCAGCUUGGAAAGUCUUUUACGUAAAGUACAUAUCGAAUCUGUUGUUGGUGAUAAACAAAAGCAAGUCCUGAAGAAUGUUGGAAAGAUUGAAAAGUUCAUUGUGGAUCAGCUACGCAAAAUGCUCGAUGACGAAUUGGUGUUUCCUAGCUAUCAAUGCAUACAAAUGGAAUGA